ACAAAACAAACAAAAAUGUACAAAAGUUAGGACAUGUAUAAAUGUUUCUAUUUUUACAUAUUCUGUUUCAAUAUUGUUCUUAAAUGCUUAUUUUUUAGAUUCAAAGUAGUUCCAAACAUUUAAAAUUUUACUGUACAUAUAUCAAUGUAUUGAGUAAAUACGCCAAAGUACAGAUUCCUUCUAAGUGAUAAUCAAAAUGUCAUCACAAGAUGUUAAUGAUUCCUGUGCAGUUGGGCUCCCUACCAUCAGUGAAUUUGUAACAGUGGUUAGAACUGAAGGUGUUGUGAUUGGAAUAGUAAUACUGAUACUGUCACUGGCAAUUCUUGGGAUGUUCAUCUACAAUGUUUGGCAUCGUUGCAAAGCAUUCCCCAAUUUGUGGCAUAGACAGGGUGUUGUAUGGUGGAUCUUAGGAGUAUACACGAUAUUUGCAUGGACUUCAUUGUUUGGACUUCUGUUCCCGGCUGCUGGCCCACUUUGCACCUUUACAGCUAAUAUAUAUCUUGCGGUGACCAUGUUAAUGUUUCACAAAAAGAUGCUUCAGUUCUUCAAUGGUCACACAUCAUCCAUGACUGAGAUUUUGACUGGACAACAGAUGUUUCUACAGCUGCGGAACCCACCAUGCUGCUGUUGUUGCUGUUGUUUGCCCAGAUUGAAUCCUACAAAGCGCAACUUCAGAUUCAUCACUGUGCUAGUUCUACAAAAGGCUAUCGUGACCCCCAUCAACUACUUUAUUGGUGCCGUAUUAUGGAUCAAUAAGGUCUACAACCCUGGCCUGAUAGCUCCUGGAGAUGCUUUCAUCUACAUAGUCUUAAUCAAUGUGAUAUCAACUCUGUUUGGCAUGUGGGGACUCAUUGUGGAGUUCAGAAUGUUUAGAUCAAUAAUGCCAUCAGGUUUCAAACUUGUUCCAAAGUUUAUGGUUUUCCAAGUUUUGAUCAUCCUUACUACAUUGCAAGGAGCCAUCAUUGGAAUGUUGAGUACAGCAGGUAUCAUAAAAUGUGACACAACAAGACCUAUAUCUGCAGCAUUAAAAACACAAGGUAUUACUUUUCUGCUCACAAUAAGUGAAAGUUUCAUCUUAUCAAUUAUUGCAACUGUUGUCUAUAGAAAGGACUCUGAGGAAUCUUUGGCUGAAUGGGCAGCAGAAGUUCAGCAAAUGAAACAUAAAAUCGACACAAUGCAAAGUAAUGGGGACAUGGAACUACAUGCAGAUGAGGUGGUCAUUAACCACGCUGCAGACCAGACUCUUAGUGUAGAAAUAGAUAAUGGCGGAUUUAAAGAUAAAGUGGCAGCCAAAAGAAAUUAAAAUGUUGCAAUAGUGAUGUUUGCUUACAUAUCCUAACUUUAUUAUUUGGAAAGGAAUAGACGUUUCCCAUAAAUAGUGCCAUCUUUUGAUCCAUAUAAUAAAUUGGCUAGAUUGAUGACGUUAUUGGUUGUAUCUGUCCAUGCAAAAAUAGUAUUAACUUAUUGCUAACUUUGAAA